CCCCACAAUGGCUGAGCACCGAAGCAUGGACGGGAGAACGGAAGCAGCCACACGGGGGGGCUCCCACCUCCAGGCUGCACCCCAGACGCCCCCCAGGCCGGGGCCACCAUCAGCACCACCGCUGCCGCCCAAGGAGGGGCACCAGGAGGGGCUGGUGGAGCUGCCCGCCUCGUUCCAGGAGCUGCUCACCUUCUUCUGCACCAACGCCACCAUCCACGGCGCCAUCCGCCUGGUCUGCUCCCGCGGGAACCGCCUCAAGACGACGUCCUGGGGGCUGCUGUCCCUGGGAGCCCUGGUCGCGCUCUGCUGGCAGCUGGGGCUCCUCUUUGAGCGUCACUGGCACCGCCCAGUCCUCAUGGCCGUCUCUGUGCACUCAGAGCGCAAGCUACUCCCACUGGUCACCCUGUGUGACGGGAACCCACGCCGGCCGAGUCCGGUCCUCCGCCAUCUGGAGCUGCUGGACGAAUUUGCCAGGGAGAACAUUGACUCCCUGUACAAUGUCAACUUCAGCAAAGGCAGAGCCACCCUCUCCGCCGCUGUCCCCCGCCACGAGCCCCGCUUCCACCUGGACCGGGAGAUCCGUCUGCAGAGGCUGAGCCACUCGGGCAGCCGGGUCAGAGUGGGGUUCAGACUGUGCAACAGCACGGGGGGCGACUGCUUUUACCGCAGCUAUGCAUCAGGCGUGGCGGCCAUCCAGGACUGGUACCACCUCCACUAUGUGGAUAUCCUGGCCCUGCUGCCCGCGGUGUGGGAGGACAGCCACGGGAGCCAGGACGGCCGCUUCGUCCUCUCCUGCAGUUAUGACGGCAUGGACUGCCAGACCCGACAGUUCCGGACCUUCCAUCACCCCACCUACGGCAGCUGCUACACGGUUGAUGGCGUCUGGACAGCUCAGCGCCCCGGCAUCACCCACGGUGAGUGCCAGCCCCGGCCGGUGCGGGAGCAGGGGUGCGGGUCAGGUGGCCUCAUACCAGCCCUUGGCCUCCCAGGAGUCGGCCUCGUCCUCAGGGUUGAGCAGCAGCCUCACCUCCCUCUGCUGUCCACGAGGGCCGGCAUCAAGGUCAUGGUUCAUGGCCGUAACCACACGCCCUUCCUGGGGCACCACAGCUUCAGCAUCCGGCCAGGGACGGAGGCCACCAUCAGCAUCCGAGAGGAUGAGGUGCACCGGCUCGGGAGCCCCUACGGCCACUGCACGGGACACGGGGAAGGCGUGGAGGUGGAGCUGCUACACAACACCUCCUACACCAGGCAGGCCUGCCUGGUGUCCUGCUUCCAGCAGCUGAUGGUGGAGACCUGCCUCUGUGGCUACCUCCUCCACCCUCUGCCGGCGGGGGCUGAGUACUGCAGCUCUGCCCGGCACCCUGCUUGGGGUGAGUCCUGCUCACUGCCUCCCACUCUGCCAGCCAUGAGUGGGUGGUCACGGCGAGCCUCACACAUGCCUCUGACCCCUCCCCAAGGACACUGCUUCUACCGCCUCUACCAGGACCUGGAGACCCACCGGCUCCCCUGUACGUCCCGCUGCCCCAGGCCCUGCAGGGAGUCUGCAUUCAAGCUCUCCGCUGGGACCUCCAGGUGGCCUUCCGCCAAGUCAGCUGGCUGGACUCUAGCUGCGCUAGGUGAACAGGGGCUGCCACGUCAGAGCCACAGACAGAGGUGGGUACACCCUCGCCCUCCAGAGAGGCAUCCCAGCCCCUCUCCCCUCAAAGCCCCCCUCCCCAUGAUGAAGGUCUGGGCCAGCGCCCUCACGCCUCUAUCCUGCCCCAGGCGCAACCUGGCCAAAAUCAACGUUGUCUACCAGGAGCUCAACUACCGCUCAGUGGAGGAGGCGCCGGUGUACUCGGUGCCGCAGCUGCUCUCGGCCAUGGGCAGCCUCUGCAGCCUGUGGUUUGGGGCCUCCGUCCUCUCCCUCCUGGAGCUCCUGGAGCUGCUGCUCGAUGCUUCUGCCCUCACCCUGCUGCUAGGCGGCCGCCGGCUCCGCAGGGCGUGGUUCUCCUGGCCCAGAGCCAGCCCUGCCUCAGGGGCGUCCAACAUCAAGCCAGAGGCCAGUCAGAUGCCCACGCCUGCAGGUGGGACGUCAGACGACCCGGGGCCCAGUGGGCCUCAUCUCCCACGGAUGAUGCUUCCAGGGGUUCUGGCAAGAGUCUCAGCAGAAGAGAGUUGGGCUGGGCCCCAGCCCCUUGAGACUCUGGACACCUGAACCAGACCUGCCAGGGCUGUGUGAUCUCUUGGCCUGGUCCUUGGAGCUGUGGCGGCAGCAGGCUCCCCAGCGGCCCAGGGUGGGCCAGACCAGCGGCUGCAGGGCCUUCGCAGGUCAUCCAGCGGCCCAGGAAGCAGCACACGCUGUGGCCGUGGGGAGGCAGGCACCGGGCAUGUCGGCGCCUCUGGUCAACCACCCACACUGCCUGGGGCGGGUCUUGAGGAGGCCCAGGGCGGAGGGGGGUUCCCGCGUGCACACGAGUGCAGCUGGACGUGCUGACACGCGGUGAUGUGCCUGUGCUCCGUGUGUCUGUCUCUGCAUGUCCACACGUCUGAUGCACCUGUGUACGUGUGUCAAGCCUAGUCACCUCAGCUGCAGGGAGGCAGAAGGCAAGGCGGGCCCCAACGGGUACACUUGGGCUGCUCUGAAAUAAAGCUGUUGACUCC